AAAUCAACUGUAUGAUGCUGCCGAAUUUGUGAUUCGGCUUCGACAAGCUGCUGGUGCCGGAAGAAAAGAUGGCGGAUCAUGAGGAGCAGUUAUCUGAUGAGGCUAAGGUACGCAUAGCAGCGAACUUUGUCAUCCACGCCCCACCAGGAGAGUUCAAUGAAGUUUUCAACGAUGUACGAUUGCUGCUCAACAAUGACAAUCUUCUCAGGGAAGGCGCAGCGCAUGCUUUUGCACAGUACAACGUGGACCAGUUUACUCCGGUGAAAGUAGAGCAAUAUGAAGACCAGGUAUUAAUCACAGAGCAUGGAGACCUGGGCAACGGCAGGGUCCUGGACCCUAAAAACAAGAUCUCCUUUAAGUUUGACCAUCUGAGGAAGGAGGCCAGCGACCCACAGCCACACGAUUUGGACGGAGCAGUGGAGGGCUGGAGGAGUGCUGUGGACGGUGCUGUCCGGGCCUACGUCAAGGAGCACUACCCCAACGGAGUCUGCACUAUUUACGGCAAAACCAUUGAUGGACAUCAAACCAUCAUCGUGUGUAUCGAGUGUCAUCAGUUUCAACCAAAAAACUUUUGGAAUGGACGUUGGAGGUCAGAGUGGAAAUUCACCAUCGGAUCCUCCACUACUCAAGUGGCCGGAAUAAUGAAAAUCCAGGUUCAUUACUAUGAAGACGGCAACGUUCAGCUGGUCAGCCACAAAGAGGUCCAGGAAUCCAUGUCCAUAUCUAACGAAGCUGCAACUGCAAAGGAGUUCAUCAAGAUCAUGGAGGCUGCGGAGAACGACUACCAGACCGCCAUCAACGAGAAUUACCAGACCAUGUCGGACACUACCUUCAAAGCCUUACGCCGCCAGCUUCCUGUGACGCGCACCAAGAUCGACUGGAACAAGAUCCUGAGCUACAAGAUCGGCAAGGAGAUGCAGAACGCUUAAAACAAACAAAACAGAAAAGCCCAGCAUUGCAUGGCUGGAUUAUUGUAUCGUCUUUGUACAAAUUAGAUAAAUGGGAGCGGAAAACUGUCAA